AUGACUACAGAGUACUGGCCUUUUGAGAAGUCCAGCAAACCGUACGUAAGGCGUAAACCCAACGCUUCUGUAUCUCUGAGGUGUCUGGCAAAUGUCUUGGCAAUCAGCAAUCCUAGCUUGUUGCUCCAAUUGAAGCAUAGCCUCGUAUUUGACAGUGCUUCAUCCACAAAACUGGUGCACUGGAAUCCAAGUGUCGAUUGUUGUUCAUGGGAAGGCGUAACUUGCAGUGACGGACGUGUUAUCUAUCUCAAUCUGACCCACGAAUCCAUCUCAAGUGGACUUGACAAUUCAAGCAGCCUCUUCAGGCUUGAGUAUCUCCAGAAUCUGAGUCUGGCUUAUAACAACUUUGAGAAUUCUGAAAUUCCAUCGGAGUUUGACAAGUUGACGAACUUGAGUUAUUUAAACCUAUCCAAUGCUGGUUUUGCAGGACAGAUUCCAAUUGCAAUUUCACGCUUGACAAGGUUGGUUAGUCUUGAUUUAUCUAUCGAUGACUUAAUCAUUGACAGUCAUGCACUUCAACUUGAGAAUCCAAAUCUAAAUAUGUUGGUUCAGAAUCUUUCGAACCUUAUGGAACUUUAUCUUGAUGGUGUAAAGAUAUCAGCGCAAGGGUAUGAGUGGGGCCCGGCCUUAUCAUCUUCAGUACCAAAGCUUACAGUGUUGAGCUUGUCAAAUUGUCUCCUUUCAGGGCCUCUUGAUUCCUCAAUAUUGAAUCUUCAGUCUCUCUCAAUUAUUCAUUUGGAUUAUAACAAUUUUUCUGCUCCAGUUCCAGAAAUUUUUGCAAAUUUCAAAAAUUUGAUGUCCUUGGAUUUCGCUUAUGCUAAUUUGACAGGAAAAUUUCCAAGAAAGAUUUUCCAGAUUCCAACACUACAGAUGCUUGACUUAUCAGGUAAUAAACUACUUCAGGGUUCGUUGCCCGAAUUUUCUUCGAAUGGAUCUCUUCGAACGUUGGUGCUUAGUAAGACAAACUUUUCAGGGACAUUGCCAAAUUCUAUUGCUAACCUGAAAAUGUUGUCCGUAAUAAAUCUUUCUGGUUGCAAUUUCAAUGGAUCAAUCCCAAAGUCAAUGGCAAGCCUCACUCGAUUGCUUUAUUUGGACAUGUCAAACAAUAAUUUCGGCGGAUCAAUUCCAUCAUUCAGUAUGGUCAAGAACUUGACCACAAUAAGCCUUUCCAAAAACAAUUUAACAGGUGAGAUUACUUCCACUUGGUGGGAAGAACUUCUGAAUUUGGAGAUUCUUGACUUGAGUUACAAUUCAUUGAAUGGGAGUAUUCCACUUUCUUUGUAUUCCAUUCCAUCAUUACGGAAAUUACAACUUUUCAACAACCGAUUUUCUGGUCAACUCACUGAAUUUUCAACUAUUUCUUCUUACCUAUUAGACACCCUUAAUUUGGGGCGCAACAAUUUGGAAGGGCCAAUACCUAUGUCUGUCUUUCAACUACAAGGUCUUAAGGUACUCGAUCUUUCUUUAAACAACUUUAAUGGCUCCUUGCAGCUUAAUGUUAUUCGGACCUUAAGAAAUCUUUUUUAUCUCGAUCUUUCCCACAACAGCUUAGUGAUUGAAUACAAUGGAACUAAUUCAUCCUCCUUUUCCCAAAUUGUCGUUUUAAGAUUGGCUUCUUGCAAGUUGAAAACAUUUCCGGAUCACUUCUUGAUAAAUCAAUCCAGAUUAUUAAAUCUAGACCUUUCAGACAACCAGAUCCACGGAGAGAUACCCAAUUGGAUCUGGAAGCUUCCUAGACUUCAGUCAUUGAAUCUUUCUCAUAACUAUCUGGAGACUCGAGAUUUGCCUUUACUCAACUUGUCUUCUAUGACAUUUCUAGACCUUCGCUCCAACAUGCUCCAAGGGCAACUCUCAGUUUUCCCAAAACAUGCUAAAUACUUGGAUUUCUCGUUGAAUAAUUUCAGCUAUAUGAUACCAGCUAGCAUUGGUGACUCCCUAUCUGUUGUUAACUUCUUGUCUCUUUCACACAAUACAUUCUAUGGGAGUAUCCCUGGAUCAAUAUGCAAUGCUACACAACUUUUUGCUCUAGAUUUGUCUGAUAAUUUCUUGAAUGGCACGGUUCCCCAAUGCUUAAUUGAGAUGAGUAAGACUCUAGGGGUGCUGAAUUUAAGGAGAAACAAUCUCAUUGGCGCAAUUUCUAACAUGUUUCCAAGCAAUUGUAGCUUACAAAGUUUAAAUCUCAACGGAAACCAACUUCAAGGAAGGCUACCGAAAUCUCUGGCCAAAUGCACAUCUUUGGAAGUUUUAGAACUUGGGAACAACCACAUUGAGGAUGCCUUCCCAUGUUACUUGAACAACAUAUCCACGUUGCAGGUCUUUAUUUUGCGAUCUAAUAAAUUUUACGGGCCCAUUGAUUGUUCAGGGCCUAAUGCCUCUUGGCCGAUGCUUCAAAUUGUAGAUCUUGCUGCAAACAAUUUCACUGGUAAGCUUCCAAUAAAAUACUUUUUUGAUUGGAAGGCAAUAAUGGAUGAUAAAAAUGAGGCCUCUCAGCUCAAUCACCUCCGAAUUGAAGAUAAUUCAUGGCAUAUUUAUUAUCUAGAUGUGGUAUCUGUUACCAUGAAAAGUCUACAGAUGGAGCUAGUGAAGAUCUUAACUAUUUUCAUUUCCCUUGAUUUUUCAUGCAACAAUUUUGACGGGCCAAUACCUGAAGAACUAGGAGAACUCAAAUCGCUAAUUAUACUCAACUUGUCUCAUAAUGCUUUCACAGGCCAAAUCCCAAAAUCUUUAGGAAAUUUGACUUAUCUUGAGUCAUUAGACUUGUCAAGCAAUGAGCUUACUGGUGAGAUCCAUGUUCAACUUGCAAAUGGUCUUAUUUUCUUGUCAGUCCUCAACCUUUCGUUCAAUCGAUUGGUGGGAAAGAUUCCACAGAUCAAGCAAUUUCCUACAUUUUCAGAAACUUCCUUUGAAGGGAACAUAGGAUUAUGUGGCUUUCCGUUGAAAGAAAAAUGCACACCUGGAGAGUCGGGAUCGUCACCUCCAACAUCUAAAGAAACUCAUUUGAAUUCUGGUAAUGCAAUUGAAUGGAAAUUCUUAAGUGCUGAAUUGGGAUUUGUUUUUGGCUUUGGGAUUGUUAUUGGGCCUCUUAUGUUUUGGAAGAGAUGGAGGAUAUGCUACUACCAACAUGUUGAUGAUAUUUUUUUCAAGAUGUUGCCCCAACUAUAUAUUAGAAUAGAAAAUCGCCAAAGACGAGCAUACAAGAAUCAAGCACGAAGGCAUUAG